CCACAAUAUAUUGCGACUGCGGCGAGACUACUGCGGAUCGGCGUGGCGGUCGACGACUGCGUCACUGCGUGUGCCGUGUUCGGAGUUUUCACUUUCCAGAGUUCCAAACGGCGCGGCGGUUGUCAGUUCCGCCGUUACUCGCUGCUGCCUGCAAUCAGUCAAGACUCAAAGUUCACACUUCAUACUUCAGCUGUCGUCAUUCGCUUCUUUAGAAGUUGUUGUGGAUAAUCGAAUUCGCCGACGCGUCACGUCAAACAUUAAAACGAAAAUGCAUACCAAAAAGUAUAUUGAUAACUUGUUCAAAAAUGCUAUUUAUAAAAAUCCUUUUAUACAAUUAACUGCAGAAGACGUCCAAAAUUGUAAACUGAGCUUAAACAAAAAUCAGCAUAACACACUGAAGGAAGAUUGUAAUAAACUCAAAGAAAAUGAUAAUUUUUAUAAAGACGUUAAAACGUCUAUAGAUGAUAAAAUGACCAAAGAUGAAACAACGACUAAAGCUGAUAUAACAUAUAAUAACAAUUAUUCAUCUAUAGAAGACGAGCCUGCUAAUAAAAAACAAAAGGUGGAUACAAAUAGAAUAGAUGUUUUGGAAUUGGUAAUAUCUAGAGAUGGCAAUACUAAACAAUUUAAACCACAAUUCAAGUCCCCAUUAAAAACCAAUAACGAAAUCGCUACUACCAGUGCUGAGGAGGUAUCGCUGGAAGAAUCUAUUGAAUCUGAAAAAUCUUUAGAAAAAAGUGUAAAAUCAAUGAUCAGGAUUAUUGACCCUAGGAAAAUGAUGGAUGAAGAUAAUUACAAAAUGUGGAUAAAAAAUACUGGUAUAGAACCCAAACAUCUAAGAACUGACAUAAAAAAGUUAUCAGUUGCUAAACUCUCUACAGUCAGAUCUCAACCAUCUUUCCAUAGUAACAAAGCAAAUGGAGUUAAACACACUUUAAAUGGUGAAAAUCUUGUAAGAGGAAAUUUAAUUAAAAUUGAAAAACUAUACAUAAAGUAUUUUAGCAAAUGUGUACAAGAUACUAUUGUGAUUAUUGCAAAUAUACUUAACAUAAUUUCAAUGUCAAACAAAUAUCACGAAAUCCGAAUUAAUGAAUCUUAUAACAAGAGAUCUGAAGCUGAAAAACUUAAAGAAAUUUGCGAUGCCGACCAAUUGCACAAAAAACAUAAAAAAAUUCUGGAAACAAAGUUGAAAAACAAUAUUUUAUGUGUCAUAUCAUCUUUUGCAGAAUCAGAAUUUGAUUCGGCAUUUCAAAUGUUUUUUUUAAGUAUAUUAACUGUACUUCGAGUUUUGGACCAGCAAAGAUUCAGAAAAGGUGGCAUCUUCAAAAAUUCGGUACAUUUAUUAUGGAGUAGUUUGAAAAACUGUGAAUUUAACCAUAAAUUUAAACAAAAAAUGUUUUCAAUGUUCCGGUCAAAGACAUUUCAACCUGACUGCGUCAACUUAAUAAGUAUAAUUGAAGAUAGUCAGGAUACUGACCCUGGAGUCACCGAUCGCAUGACAUUGUUUUUUGUACCAACAUUAUACAGCCGAGAAUUUUUUCAACCUGUUAUUAAAGCUGUAACUUGUGAUUCAAAUGAAGACCUGGAAUUAUUAAUCGAUAAUGCUAAUUUUCAAUGUUGCAUUAAUUCAAAGUUUAAAGAUCCUGUUGAUUCAUCUACUGUACUACAUCCAAAUAACAAAAUACCAGUACUAGAAACUAUUCAAAGGCCCAUCAACUCUGAUGUAACAACUCAAAACUGGUUCCUAGCCAAUAAUCCAGACAAAACUUACCAACAAAUACCUGUGUUAAAUGGUGAUACCGCAGUUGAACCAACGAUUGCAACUAGCCAGCCAUUAAAUAACUUUUAUGAACCAUUAUCUUAUUCACUACAAAAGAAAACGUCCGAAUCAUCUACUUCUAAAGUGAUACCAACUAAAAAAUAUAUUGUUGUUACGUCAGCUAUUUCCAAUAGUUCUUUGGUGCAAGUGACAUCAUCGUUCUCAGGAACUGCAAAAACAUUAACACCAACCACUUUUGUGACGUUCAACCCAUCAAUACAGAAUAAAAAAUCUGUGACAAACAGUCAACUUCAUAAAGCUAUAGGUGGCAUUAUUUUAAUUGAUAACAAACAUUAUAAAUUGGUUCGGGGGCCAUUAGGUCGAAUGAGAGCAGUAGUCAAUGGUUCUAAUAAAUUAGUUACAUCACCGUCAACCGUUAUUAUCAAAUGUCACUCAAAAAAUUGUAACAGCUCUGUAACAAUAAUGUGCAGUGUCUGUAAAACAGCUAAAUACUGUUCUUAUUCCUGCCAAGAACGUGACUGGUAUGAUAAUCAUAAAGAUGUCUGUAGACCAUUGGAUACUGGACCUUAAAUUUUUCAUUGCAUAUUAUUUAAAUAAUUUCAAAUUGGUAUAUUUAUAUUGAAAGGUUUUUCAUAAAAAGAUUGUU